GCGGUGCCCCACUUCCAAAGCGACGUGAGAGCCUGCUGGAGGAGGAGAGAGGUUGGAGCGGAGGAGAGAAGGGCUUUUUUUUUUUCUCCCCGCAGCUCACUGGCGAGAGAACAAAAUAAAAGCACAGCGAGUAGACGGAGACAAACUUUAGGUUAGGGCGCUUAAAAGGACGGAAAGAGUAACAUCACUUUGUCGCAGUUCGCUGGUUGCAAUGGUGAAGAAGAAGGGCAUAUUUUUGCUCCAUUUUCCCUGACGGAUGUUUCGUCUCUAAACUUCACUUCGUUCAACUGAACUGCGUUUUCUAAGCAACAUAAAGGUAGCCGCAGCGACUUCAGCUGUGCUUGCAUGUCUGGAGCCACCAGGAAUGUUGGGGGCCAACACACCGCAGUAAGCCUGGUCACAUUUGACCCAAAAUGGAGCUCAAAGUCUGGGUAGAUGGAGUCCAGAGGGUCGUGUGUGGGGUCACUGAGGCUACCACCUGCCAGGAAGUGGUGAUUGCGCUAGCCCAGGCCAUAGGUCGAACUGGAAGAUACACUCUGGUAGAAAAAUGGCGGGACACCGAGCGCCAUCUUGUGCCUCAUGAGAGCCCGGUGGCGUCUCUGAAUAGCUGGGGUCAAUACGCAGGCGACGUCCAGCUGAUCUUGCUUCGCACAGGCCCAUCCCUGACCGAACGGCCACCCUCAGAAGGGCCACCUUUCAGGGGGCCUGAACGUGGGUUUCAUCGUCAGAGCCUCCCUCCGCUUGCAAAGCUUCACCAUCCCAAUGAUCGCUCGCUCCGGCGCCGCGAGCCGCGUCGCAAGUCACUCACCUUUACAGGAGCGCCCAGAGGCCUGAGGGAGAUUCUGAGCGGAGGGCGGACAACUGAAGCUGAAACCAAGAGGAGAUUUUUUCUGGGAAAUAGUGGGACUUACCCCCAUGCCGGAGGGGCCACCGGGACUGCACCCCCUAGCCUGUGGGCCUGUCGCAUGGAGGAUCUGGUCCGGGUGGUGGGCCUACAGAGAGAAACACUUGGCGUGUUGGACAAGAAAAUGGAGGUUUACGAAGCUGAGCUCAAAGCCUGGGCCAGGGUGCAAGGGGGGCGAGUUCCAAGCUGCAGUGGGGAUAUGGGCGGGGGCCUAAUGGAGGAGAUUCUCAGACUGGAGAAGCAUUUGAGGAAGAAUGAGAUAGAGAUGGAGGAAGAGGAGUUUUGGGCCACAGAGCUCCAGAUUGAGCUGGAGAGUGAGAGACAGCUGGAGGAGAGGCUGCAGGAACUGCGUGGUCGUUUGCAGGGCUGCGAAAAGGAGAUCGAGGACAAGCUGGCGAUGGUGCAGGGAGUAGAAGCUGGUCUGGAGGAGAUGCGGCUGCAGAGAGAGCAUCAGGAGACUGAGUGGCUCAAUGAAGCAGAGGCUCGGGCCCAGGCGCUCAGAGUUAAAGCUGAGCUGAAAGCACAAGAGAGACAAGCUGUCCAAUUAGAGAGCAGCUGCAGAGCUGUGGACAGGUCACUCGGACAAAGCAGCAAGAAGGUGCAGGACAUGCAGCAUGAGCUGGAACAGCUAACCAAGGAGCUCAGGCAGGUAAACCUGCAGCAGUUCAUCAAGCAAACUGGCACCAAGGUCACAGUGCUGCCGGCGGAGCCUGCCGAGGAUGAAUGUACUAGCAGCACUCGUGUUAUAGAUUUAGUUCCACUGACUGGCUCCCUUAAGCGUCAUGUGACCAUGCACAAGGUUUCCAGUCAUCUCCGGGUCUUAAAUAGUCCCCUCAGCUCCGGUCUGAACCCAGAAGGCAUCUAUGUGUAACACUUGGACGAUAAGCACAAUGGCUUCUUCCUCUUCGGGAACCUUUUUUAUUUGGUUAUCUUUGUACCGAUACCUCAAAUAUGCACUGUUGUCACAUAAGACAACCUUAUGUAAGAAGACCCAGUGAAGGAACAAGAGUGGACUUGUCCACCCAGGCGCAGAGCACUCGCUACAAACACAAAGAAGUGGGUGUUUGGCCAUGAAUAUGGAUCUUUCAUAGUGUAUUGGUUCUACGGUGUCAUUUAGUCACUCUAGCAGCCGCUCAGCGAUUUACACCAGUUUCUAUGAUUCCAAACAAUGGCCUUUUUUUUGUAGUCAACCAAUUAUAUCCAUUUUCUAGUUGUUGACAUUGAUUCCGCCUGAUGCCUGGCUCUUACUUGUCGAUUAAUCGUGUUGUUUAUCACAAUCUGGAACUCUGACUGACUCUUGAUAAAACUAUGCAUAAACAGAUAUUGCUCUCCAUUUGACUUAUUGUUGGUCAAAAUGGUGCAUUCCACUGCCCCUUAUUCCUGCAGUAUAUAAUAUUUGCUUUGUGAAGUCCUGUUUGGUUGUAUUGUAAAGUUCACCUUUUUAUUCUUUUACGGUUGAUUUUCAUUCUGUGUUUUCCCAAUUUGUAACCAAAGAUAAACAGGACCGGGACACGUUAUUUCAGUGUUAUUAGAGCCAUAUAUGUGCAAAGCGGUAAAUGAGUUAUUAGUGGAAACCAGGAAUGUGCUAAUGUUAGAUUCCAUUAAGUGCCUUAAUGUUUUCAGUGAUAAGUGGAUGUAGAUUAGGGGUGUCCAUAGUGUGAAUGGUUGUUUGUCUAUAUGUGCCCUGUGAUUGGCUGGCGACCAGUAUGGGGUGUAACCCGCCUCUUGCCUGAAAUCAUCUGGGAUAGGGUCCAGCAUUCCCAUCCGUGACCCUAAUUAGGAUAAGCUGCAUAGAUGGUUUUAUUUUUAGUACUCGUUAAAUUUUGCUGUAUUUUUCUCAUUUCUGGUUACAUUUUAUUUCUAAAAUAUGUCAAUGGUCAAUAAAAAAACAGGCUCCGGGCCACAAAUGUCCCCCGUGCCGCACUCUGGACACCCCUGAUUAGUGGAGAUAGUGAAGAAUUAAGUCUGCACUGAAGGCAGUUGUAGUAGUGCCACAUAAAUGUACAAUUAUUUUGCAUCUGUGGAUAUUUAAUUAAUGGUUGAAUGUCGCUGUAAGUGCUCUCCACCUUGUGAUCAUAUUUUUGUCAAUAAUUAUUGCUGUAAAAUGUCUUCACGUGUAAUCCAAUCAAGCAGGGUCGGUUGUUGGUGUAAUGGGGGCCACACCGUGCAUCAUCAUAGCCAAUUUAUGUUUCACCAUAUUUUUUUUUUUAGUAAAACUCCACUUUUAUCAAUUUUAAAUAUCACCUGUAAAAGGGAGGGAAUCUGUGUGAUGGACUGUUUACUCGUGUUCUGGAGAUGCAAUAUGUCAAUUGUAGUUUAAAAGUACUUUUAAACCAACUUUGUAUGGCUGUAAUCAAUAUGAAUCAAUCAAAUAGGAAUUGCAUGAUUCAAUAAAACUACAUGAAAUGC